UUGUGAAAGAUCCAACUGAGGUUCUAUCGUCCAAGCUUCUCUCUCUCUCUCUCUCUCUCUCUCUCUCUCUCUCUCUAUUGAUCGAUCAUGAAGCCAAGAAGAGGGGAUGUGUUAACUAAACAGCAGAUUGAUGAGUUCCAAGAAGCGUUUUGUUUGCUGGACAGGGAUGGAGAUGGUUGCAUCACAAUUGCGGAAUUGGCAACUGCAAUCAAAUCCUUGGACCAAAAUCCCACAGAGGAAGAACUUCAAAGCAUGAUCAAUGAGGUCGAUAUCGAUGGCAAUGGGACUAUAGAAUUCGGGGAGUUCUUGAAUCUUAUGGCCAGAAAAAUCAAGGAAACUGAAAUAGAAGAGGAGUUAAAGGAAGCUUUCAAGGUCAUUGACAAGGAUCAAGAUGGUUACAUAUCUCCUAAUGAGUUGCGGCGGGUGAUGAUCAACCUCGGAGAAAAGUUAACAGAGGAAGAAUUGGAAGAGAUGAUGAGAGAGGCGGAUUUGGACGGCGAUGGCCGACUCGAUUAUGAAGAGUUCAUCAGGACGAUGUUAGCUUUCUGAAAGCACUGGCGCAGUUGCUCAUGCCUCGCCUCGCAUGGACUUUGUAUUUGAAUGAUUUGUUGAGAAUUUCCGUUUGCUAAAACUCUCCCUCCUAUUCUUGCAUAUUCGAUUGUAUGCCAUUUAGAGUUGUGUAAUCAUAAAACAUAAUACACUGAAGGAAUAUCACGCUAAAAUAGUAAUAUCAUUUGCCGUGUGGGUUUAUCG